GGCCAGCCAAUCCCGAGGCUCUGUGGGCAGGGCCUCGUCCCCGCCGCGGUACAAGGGGGCCCUAGCUUGCAGGCCUCUGCAGCCAUCACCUGGUCACCGCGCCCCUUUACUCAUAGCCGAUCAAGAUGGGGUUUAUAUUUUCAAAAUCUAUGAAUGAAAACAUGAAAAAUCAACAAGAGUUCAUGCUUACCCAUGCCCGACUUCAGCUGGAAAGGCAGCUAACGUUGCAGAAUGAAAUGAGGGAAAGACAAAUGGCCAUGCAGGUUGCUUGGUCUCGGGAAUUCCUCAAAUAUUUUGGAACAUUUUAUGGCAUUUCAACCAUCUUUUUAACAGCUGGAGCAAUAAAACAAAAGAAGCCAGCCUUCCUCUUCCCUAUAGUUCCAUUAAGCUUCGUCUUCAUCUAUCAGUAUGACUUGGGCUAUGGUACUCUUCUACAAAGAAUGAAAGGUGAAGCUGAGGACAUACUAGAAACAGAAAAGAGUAUGCUGCAGCUGCCAAAAGGAAUGAUCACCUUUGAAAGCCUUGAAAAAGCCAGAAGGGAACAGAGUAAAUUUCUCAUGGACAAAUGAAGCAGGGUUUACCCACUGACUCUCAAAGCACAGAAUUGUUGGCUUGAAUCAUGGUUUUUCAUAAUUUUUUAAAAUGCUCAAGAUUUUGAUAUAAUGGAUUUUAUUUUGAAAUAAUAAAAUGCAAGAUGAAUUUUGUUGAAAUAUUUUAAAAUAAAGUUUAUAACAUUCAACACAAAAUCAUGGGGGUACUCCAAAAAAUUUUACAUUUCAUAUAUAUGUGUGUUUUAUAAUUGUCUAAAUAAAAAAAUAAUAAAUUAUA